UUUCUUCCUCCCUCUCGCUGACUCUAUCCUCUCUCCCAUCCAUUCCCUGCUAGGGAUGCGGUUGCCAUGGCAACUGCUGAGUCACUGCCAGCUCUCUGCUUUCAGCUGCCGUCCUCUGAUGUGAUUCUUUCAGUGAGGGGGGCAGAAAGGGCCUCAGUCUCCACUCUGUCUGCUUCAUGAGCAUAUUGAUCAGAAAACUCCACCAUGUGCAUUUGUUGCAGUUGAGCGUAAAGAUCCAUCACUGCGGGUGUCGGAGCCAGAGGAUCCUGGGGGAGCUCUACAGGCCAAACGGGAGCGUUUCGGAUGGGCAACAUCCCCACCACAGUGAAGCACUGCCUGAGCUAUGAACAACUCAUCCAGGAUUAUCCGUGGCUAGGAAGCCGGCUGCAGGAUGAGAAGUGCACUUUAACACGUGACUAUCCAGAGUAUGUUAAAAUUAUUGAAGUUGGACCAAGAGACGGACUUCAAAAUGAAAAGGAAAUGGUUCCGACAAGAGUCAAAAUCCAGCUGAUAAACAUGCUCUCGGAAACAGGCCUGCCUGUGAUCGAGGCCACCAGCUUUGUGUCUUCAAAGUGGGUACCACAGAUGGCGGACCACACUGAAGUGCUUCAAGCCAUCCACAGAUCUUCUCAUGCUCGUUAUCCUGUACUGACACCCAACAUGCACGGCUUUCAGGAUGCUGUUGCAGCUGGUGCUACUGAAGUGGCCGUGUUUGGGUCUGCCUCUGAGACCUUCAGUCGGAAAAAUAUCAAUUGCUCUAUUGAUGACAGCAUACUGAGAUUCGAGGAAGUCAUUUGCACUGCUAAACAACAACAGAUUCCAGUCCGUGGAUAUGUUUCUUGUGCACUAGGAUGUCCAUAUGAGGGACCCAUUGAACCCACUAAAGUUGCAGAGGUGGUAAAGCGGUUGUAUGAACUGGGCUGCUAUGAGGUGUCUCUGGGGGAUACUAUCGGCGUGGGCACCCCAGGCUCCAUGGCCAAGAUGCUGCACUACGUCAUGAAAGAGGUACCCAGCAGCGCUCUGGCCGUUCACUGCCACGACACCUACGGCCAGGCUCUGGCCAACAUCCUAACUGCACUGCAGAUGGGGAUUUGUGCGGUGGACUCAUCUGUAGCAGGUCUGGGCGGGUGCCCAUAUGCCCAGGGAGCCUCUGGUAACGUGUCAACAGAAGAUGUUCUCUAUAUGCUCCAUGGCAUGGGCAUUAAAACUGGAGUCGAUCUCUCCAAGGUAAUAGAGGCAGGUGAUUUCAUCUGCAAAGCCUUAAACCGCAAGACCAACUCCAAGGUAGCCCAAGCAAGAAGCAAGUCCUCGUGAUUACUUUGUGCAUUGAUACAAGAAGAAGAUAAAGACCUUUCCCUUUA